GUACUCCAUGGAAGCAUCUGCUAAGAUGUGUGAGGCCUACAAAGCAUAUUUCGGCAUGCCUGUCGGGGAUCAAGACAAAUCCUGGGCACCUCAUUUCAACUGUGAGCACUGCAAAAAAAAACUCUGGAUGGAUGGUGGAAAAGAGAGCCAUGAAGUUCGCUAUCCCAAGAAUUUGCGGGAACCCACUGACCACUCAAGCAACUGCUACUUCUGCAUGGCGGACCCUUCCAAACGUUGGACUGGCAAGAAUGCACCUGCUAUCACAUAUCCGGACCUUCCUUCAUCCAUCGCCCUGGUGCCACACUGCCACGAGCUCCCCGUAUCCACUCCUCAGAAGAGAGAGCAGCCGUCUUUAGAAGAGAGCAGCAAGUCAGAGAGCGAGAAAGACGUUGUAGAUCCAGAUGACAAUUUCAGAGGUGGAGCUGAGGAGAGAAACCCAUAUUACCCCAACCAAAAAGACCUCAAUGACUUGAUUAGAGAUCUUGGUCUCACCAAGUCCAGUGCCGAGCUUUUGACGUCUAGGCUCAAGCAGUGGAACUUGUUGGAUGAAAGUGUGCAAGUCGCAGAUCAGAGGAAGCGUCAUCAACCUUUUUCCAGCUUCUUCACCCGUCAAGAUGGGCUCUGCUUCUGCCACAAAGUGACCAGUCUGUUCAAGGCAAUCGGAAUCGCCUGUAACCAGAAUGAGUGGUGCCUCUUCAUUGACAGCUCAUCCAGGAGCCUCAAAGCCGUGCUGCUCCAUAAUGGUAACAAGUACCCGUCUCUUCCCCUGGCUCACUCGGUGCACCUCAAACAGGAUUACAACAGCAUCAAGAUCUUUCUGGACGCCUUAAAGUAUGAUGAGUACAUUUGGGGCUGAUUCGUGAAAGUGAUUUACAGUAUAAUCGUAAAUCUCGAAAAACUACUCACUUCUAAAUCUUUUGUAGUCAUUUUUGUAUUACUUUAUUAUAAAUACAUGUUAAUUUGGAUUCAUAUGUUGUUUUUUUC